GAAACGAUAAAACCCUUUAAUUUUAGGGUUUCAUCAAAAGAACAGAGGAAACCGCCGUUGCAGUCCCAGCAGAAGAACAGCGAAAGAAGCGAUGGCGAGAAUCAAGGUCCAUGAGUUGAGACAGAAAUCAAAAACUGAGCUUUUGGCUCAGUUGAAAGAUCUCAAGGCUGAACUUGCUCUUCUUCGCGUUGCUAAAGUUACCGGUGGCGCACCUAACAAGCUUUCCAAGAUAAAGGUGGUGAGGCUGUCAAUUGCUCAGGUGUUGACAGUAAUCUCACAGAAGCAGAAGGCCGCACUGAGGGAGGCAUAUAAAAAUAAGAAGUUCUUGCCCCUUGAUCUGCGUCCCAAGAAGACCAGAGCCAUCAGGAGAAGGCUGACCAAGCACCAGGCAUCAUUGAAGACUGAACGGGAGAAGAAGAGGGAGAUGUACUUCCCGAUGAGGAAGUAUGCCAUUAAGGUGUAGGCUAGGAUCUUUCAGAUAGUAUUCUAUUUACAAAUCCAUUUGCCCUUUUACUUACUAGUGUCAUAUUUGUGAAACCUGAGUUUUGAUUUUGUUCAAUUUCAUGUUUGUCAACUUUUCCUUUUGUGCAAAACCAAGAUGCCCAUCUUUUUGAUGGAAGUAGUAAUUGAAUGAGGGAUAUUUGCUUUUGUUGAUGGGGUGAUUUUGAUUAAGGAAUGAAAACCCGUUAGCUUGAA